AGUGAUUUUAAAGUUUGUAAACGAUGGAGCCUGCUGUAAUUAUUCCUAAAGAGGCAACUAAAUGGGAGAGUCGGCAGAAAGUGUGGGAUUACAUGGAGACUAAAGACCUGGCAAACUUCCCCCGACCUGUGCACCACAGAAUCCCAAACUUCAAGGGCGCUCAGGGGGUGUGCACGAAGCUGGUGGGCUUUGAGUUCUUCACCAAAUGCCGUGAAGUCAAAGUGGAUCCUGAUAAGCCCCUUGAAGGGGUUCGAUUAGCAGCUCUGCAGGCUGGAAAAACGCUGCUGGUCCUGACUCCUCGUUUACAGACAGGCCUGUUUAACAAAAUCAUCCCUCCACCCGGAGCCAGCAAGGAGGAUCUGCGAGUGUGCUCUACGUCUCAGGGUGUUAAAGAGUUCAUUGUCCCAGUGGAUUUAGACUCAAGAGUUCACGUGGACCUGGUAGUAGUUGGAUCUGUCGCCAUGUCUGAGAAAGGUUAUAGAAUUGGAAAAGGAGAAGGAUAUGCAGACAUGGAAUAUGCCAUGAUGAUCUCGAUGGGAGCUGUGAAUGAGUCCACUGUGGUUGUGACUGUUGUUCAUGACUGCCAGGUUGUGGACAUUCCAGAGGGAUUGACGGAGAGUCAUGAUCUCACUGUGGACUACAUCCUCACACCGAGCAGGGUCAUCAAGACCGAGUGUAAGAUCCCCAAACCCGAAGGCAUCAUUUGGUCAAAGCUUGAUGCAGAAAUGCUGGAGAAAAUUCCCAUCCUAAAAAAACUGCGAGCCUUGGAGCAGAAGGCUGGAAAGGAGGUAAUGCUGAAAGUGUCGUCCACUGAAAGUGUGAAGACAAAACAGGAGCAUGAGCCUGAGCUGAGUCCUGAUCCAAAACAUGACCUGAGGCAUGAUCCUAAAAUCCCAAGGCAAGAUCGUACACUCACACUUAUCGGCUCUGAUGAAGAUGCUAGUGUGAAGUGUGAACGUUCUCAGGCUCGUGUAAACACGCUUUAUUUAGGCGGACUUCCAGCUGGACUGCGGGUGAGCAAGCUGAAGGGUUUCCUGAGAGAGCGGGACGCUAUACCUGUUCAACUCACCUGGCAGGGGGCACAGCGCAGGGCGUUCCUCGAGUACGGUGACGAGUGA